AGAAGCAAAUGUUGCGGCUAUUUUCUAGGCCAUCCUCUAAACUUGUUCAUACUCUACUAAAACCCAACUCCAAUCACCCCCAUCACAACUACCACAAAUCUAAUCUUCAACUACAAGACACAUUUUUACCUUUGCUUAAAAAAUGUUCCAACGAAAAUCACAUUUAUCAAACUCAUGGCUUCAUGGUACAUCGUGCUUUAGAUCAAGACAACUUUAUUCUCAGCCAAUUCUUCCACACAUGUUCGGCCCUUGGCUUUGUCAGCUAUGCAUAUUCAAUUGUCACUUCAAACCCAAAUCCAAACAUAUAUCUUUACAAUACUUUGAUCAGUAUUUUCUCAAGACAACGACAUUUAUCUAUGGAUGCAAUUUGCCUUUAUAAACAAGCUCGAGCCAUUGGCUUAUAUCAUGAUACUUACUCUAUCCCUUUUGUGUUGAAUGCUGUAACUUGUCUCACCACCUCUAGGCAAAUUCACUGUGAAGCUAUUUUAACUGGAUUGAACAAUGAUGUACAUGUAGCAACGUCCCUUGUACGGAUGUAUUCUUCUUUUGGGUGCAUUUCUGAUGCACGUAAGGUGUUUGAUGAAAUGCGUAACAAAGAUGUGGGCUUGUGGAAUGCCAUGAUAGCGGGUUAUGUUAAGGCUCAUGAUAUGGACACCGCCAAGUACCUGUUUGAUAAUAUGCUGGAGAAGAAUGUGGUUUCUUGGACUACCAUCAUUGCGGGCUACGCUCAGGGGAAUCAGUUUUCUCAGGCUAUAGGUGUGUUCAGGAAAAUGAUGAGUGUGGAGGUUAGUGCUAAGCCUGAUGAAGUAACCAUGUUAGCUGCACUUUCAGCUUGUGCCCACUUGGGUGAGCAUGAGUUGGGUGAAUGGAUCCAUAGUUAUAUUAUAAAACACAGGUUACAUAGAAGUGUGUCUCUUAACAAUACACUUAUUGAUAUGUAUGCAAAAUCGGGCAAUGUAAAGAAGGCAGUAGAACUGUUUGAGAGCAUGGAAACAAGGAGUGUUGUUACAUGGUCAACAGUGAUUUCUGCAUUGGCUGUCAAUGGAUAUGGAAGAGAAGCAAUUAACAUGUUUCCACGACUGGAAAUGGUUGGAAUUAGGCCAAACAGUGUCACCUUUAUAGCACUACUAUCUGCAUGUAGCCACGCUGGACUCGUGGAGGAAGGCAGAUUAUAUUUUAAGACAAUGGAAGAAAAACAUGGUAUUAGUCCUGACAUCAGACACUAUGGUUGCAUGGUUGAUCUUUUUGGGCGUGCCGGUUACCUCGACGAGGCUGCAAAUAUGGUUAAAAUGAUGCCGUUUGAAGCAAAUGCAGCGAUUUGGGGAUCUCUUCUUGCUGCAGCCAGGAACCAAGGUCAUGUUGAACUUGGGGAGCAAGCUCUGCAGCAUCUAACUGAAGUCGAACCACAUAAUAGUGGGAAUUAUUCCCUUGUGUCCAAUACAUAUGCUGCUCUUGGUAGGUGGAGUGAAGCUAGGGUAGCAAGAAAGAUCAUGAAGGACACAGGAGUCCAAAAGUUGCCAGGCGGUAGCUUCAUCAAAAUGAAAGAUAAAGUUUAUUAUUUCUAUUCAGGAGACAGAUCACAUCCUCAAUGUGAGAGAAUAUACAGAGUUCUAUCACACUUAAACAGGGUGUCAAAGACGGCACUGCAUGAAUAUUGGGGAUAUGUAGAGCUGCUUGAUGCUGAUAGCCCUCAAGAGGACCACUUAUAAGACAAGAGUGGCAGGAAGUAUUUCCCAAUACAUUUUGUGAGCUCUCAAAGUGAAUAUUCCUUCUAAAUCCAGUGAAGAUGUUGUCCAUGGGUCUUCCUUUUUUGGUUUUCUUCCUCUUAGUGCUCUAGUUAUCAUUUUUUAUUAAAAUGAUACAUAAACUACAUUGCAAUUUUCUGGCAAAAGUUCAAAUUUCCCCCCUAAAUAUUGACUUCCUACCAAAUACUCUAGCCAUUAUUCCUUUGUAUUGUAUUUGCACCAUUUCUCCAGCUUAGCAGAUGGAUCCUCAUUGCUUUUCACCACUAUCCACUUCCACUGAUACAUGUAAUUUUAAGAGCCACUUCAGCGGACACAGUUUCUCGAGAGUGAAUGAUGCCCAUCUCUGCUUUCACUGAACAAUCUCCCUGAAAUGGAAAUUACCUUUGACAAAUACUCUAGUACAGCACAAAGAACCCCAAGAAUAUUCAUCACUUCAGCAUUAAUAGUAAUCAUUAUGGAUCUUAUCCCUCUUUACCACUCUUUUAAUUGGUACCCCUCAGAUUUAGUAGUCCAUCCAUCUGAACUAGCACCCACAUACCAUGUUGAGUAGCAGAAGAUAAAGAUUACAGACAGCCCAAUAUAUAGCAGAACCCUUAAAGUUUCAACAGAAAUCACCAUGAUUAAUGGUGAAAUAGAGCCGCAUCUUUUCCAGCAGUGAAUCAAUGGGUUUUCACCGGAAGAAUCCAUGGAGUUUCGAUGGGUCUGGAAUGAAUAUUGAGUUUUUCAAUGGUCAUAUUUGUGUAGUUGCAAAUGCAGAAACUGACAUCUUGAGAUGUCCAGAGAAACCUAGGAUUUUGUGAAGAUUGGUUUGUAAUUUUAUUAUUGUCAAUACUUAGUCGAAAUUUCCAUUUUACUUUUAUGGUUAAAGGUCAUAGGAAGAAUGAUGGAAAAGUGUGAUGUUUUUUGUCAAUGAUAAUUCUAAUCAAAUAAUAAGAAUGUCGUCUUUCUUGGGAAUUAAUCAGUUGGAAGCAGUUCGAAGCAGUCUAUGGUGCUUUGGAAAUUUCCAAUGAGAAUCUGGUGACAGAAAACAGAACUAACCUCAAGUAAAAAUGAAACCUACAAUCUAAAAAGUCAUUUAGUGCCCGUUUGGAUUAACUUAUUUUUGGGUGCUUUUGACUUUUAAGUUUUUUUUUUUUUUGGAGGUGUUUCGAAAGACUAUAAAGUACAUUUAAGCUCCCACUUUUAGGCCAAAAAGCUUUAAAAUAAGAUCAAAGUCGAAAGUAGGGUACCAUCUACAUGUGUUGUGAAAGGCAAUCGCCUCAUCGCCAAUGGCGAGAGGUGAGGCGAGGUGAAUCUUCAUCGCCUAUUAGCUUUGUGGCGAGGCGAUCUUCAAAAGGCGACGCAUGACGACAAAGGCGAGAGGCGAUUAAGGCAAAAAAGGGGUCACCUUUUGUAUUUUCUUAAAAUAAAGUGACCAAUUUAGGGUUUUAAAAGUCAAAAGGCAAUUUUAAGAUUUUCUUUCUAAAUUUGCUCAGUUGCACUCAUUAGACUACAACUACGGCUCCAACCUCGACUCAACUAGAUUUCUCCGGCAACCAGCCGGACUUUUUCAGCCAU